GCAAACAGAGGCGUUUGCGAGGCAACCGACCUUGCUCCAGGAGCGAGGGCAAGUCCCGCCCCUCGCGCCGGUCUCCGGGAGGCGAAGAGCGGAGUUCUGGGCCCUGGUUGGGGGUUUCCGCUGUCACUCAAAGCGGCGGGAGAGCCAGUUCGAGUGUCACGCGGAAGAGUGCCCGGGGCUUCUUUGUUGCCCGGAGGCCGAGCGGCCCCGGCUCUUUUGGAUACAAAACCUUGUCCUUAGAAAACAAUGUCACUUGACUUUGACAGUGGAGCUCUGCAAACUCAGCAUGAAGAAGAAGAGGAGGAAGAAUAUGACCAGGAGGACUAUGCAAGGGAGCAAGAGUUGCAACAGCUAUUGACAGACCUUCCCCAUGAUAUGCUGGAUGAUAGUGGAGACCAACUCUCCAAUUACUCGGACUGCAGUGUACAUGAGGAUGAAGAACAAGCACAUGAACCCUGGCAGCAUGAAGGCAAGUGGAACGACCAUCCACUGAUAACUAUUCCUCAAAAUGGCUGUGAACAAGAGGAGAGGUUGUAUCCUGACCAGUUCCUAUAUGACCGAGGCAACAAUCAUGGUGAAAUGCAUGCCAGUAAUUGGACUGACCUGCACAAUGAGGAUGAAGAGAAAUGCACGUAUGAGAUUAAAGGGAGUUACUCUGGCACCCGUAGUGAAGCAGAUGACACAUACCUUGGCAGAGAUGGUUAUAAUGCACCAAGUCACUACCAACAGAACAGUGUGUACCAUCUCCCAGACAACUUUAGACAGUACACAAAUGGCCAUAAGCAGGAAUUUGCUGGCCAUAACCAGCAAAGCAAAAUAUUGAAUUUUCCUGAUGCUCCAAAGGAACAUCCUAAGCAAUUUGGUACCUCUGAAGUUGUUAGCGGCCAACCAGUGGAAUCUUACAGAGUCACAUAUAAGCCAUAUAAAAAUGGCCUUCAACAAAAUGGCCCUGUAAAACAAGGAACGACAAGAAGAACUGAAGCAUUUGAAGAACUACAACGGGAAUUUUUGGGUACUGAUGAGAAUUCUUCAGACAAUAUGCAGAUUCUUCAGCUUCAGGUUCUUAAUAAAGCAAAAGGAAGGCAACUGGAAGAACUUAAUGAAAAGCUGGAAAAGAGCACCCAGCAGAUAAGGUAUCUGAAUCAUCAACUUGCAAUGGUCAAAGAUGAAAAGGAUGGCUUGGCCCUCAGUCUCCAGGAGUCGCAAAAAUUGUAUCAAGAGGGAAAAGAACGGGAGGUACAUCUUGAAGGUCAAGUAAAAUCACUGGAAGCCCAAAUUCAGGCUCUUGCUGCCAAUGAGGAGAAGAUACUCAAGCAAUCCAAAGUGGCAGAAGUAGCCAUGGAAAGCAUGCAGCAGCAGCUGUUAGAACUUCAGCAUUCAGACUCUCUUCAGCGAGCCAGAGAGCAACACGAGACCAUUGUAGCAGCACUCAAGCAGAAGUACGAAGAGCAAGUAUUAUCCUUGGAACAGCAACUUGACACUACAAAUUCUACGCUACGAGAGCAGAAAGAGCUUUGUUGUCAGCUAGGGGAGCAUGUGAAACAACUCGAAAAAACACUAGAACAAAUCAAAUGCGAAAAAACAGAAAUAAUCAACCGGUUGACAAGAAGCCUCGAGGAAAGCCAAAAGCAGUGUGCAAACUUACUGCAAACAGGCUCCGUACAGGAGACCAGUCAGUUACGGUUCCAGCUACAGCAAGCUCAAUCUGCCCAGCUGAUGAGCAAGAACAUGAACAAGGCUUUGCAGGAAGAGCUAACAGAACUAAAAGAAGAAAUAGUUUUGUAUGAAUCUGCUGCUAAACUUGGAGUAUUUUUGAAUGACACAUGUGGUGAACCACGUGUAGAUAUGAAUGAGUCCUAUGUGGACUUGGGUAUUAAAAAAGUCAAUUGGAAAAAAUCAAGAUUUCACAGGGCAAUACAGAAUAGAGAUAAGGAACUUUCUAAAGAUGAUCUCAUCAUAGAAUUGAAAGCUGAACUAGAACGUUUAUUGAACAGUAACAAAAUGAAGAGAAAUCAAAUUUCUCAGUUACAAAAUGAUCUUAAAGACUGUCAGCGAACAACAGAUAAAUUCCAGCAGUUGCUGAAAGCAGAAAAAAUAGCAAGAGAGUCUGAGACUAAAGUGAAUAAUGUAGAAAAUCAUACUGAUAUCUUAUGGUCCAAUCCUUCUGCUUCUGAUAAUCUUAAGGAAGAAAUUCGGAGACUGCGGGAAACGAAUGAAGCUUUGCAUCAAGAAAUUGAGAAUCAUAGUUCAUCAAUUCAGAAUCUUAAAGCAAAUGAGGAAAAACUGAAAAGUGCAAACCAAGAUUUAUGUAGUCAAAUGAGACAAAUGAUUCAGGACUUUGAUCAGGAUAAGCAGGAAGCCAUUGACAGGUGUGAAAGAACCUAUCAGCAACAUCAUGAAGAUGCAAAAGCCCAGCUUUGGAAAGACCUUCUGGAGAGGCAUGCUGCAGAGAAAGAACAACUUAUUCAGGCGUAUGAAGAGACCAUUUCUCAGUUAAAGGCUAACAUAGAAGCAUUGAACAAGGAGAUAAUUGCAGUGAAAGAAUGUUACAUAGCAGUCUGUGGAGAGAAAGACACCCUGGAAACUACUCUGAGGAGAAAACUUGAGCAAGAACAACAAUCCAAGGAAGAGAAGCUCAAGAAAAAGCUGUUGGAAGAAAAAGAAGAUGCUCUUAACUGCCUGAGGACUGAAUUAGAAGAAAAAUGCAGGAAGUCUAUUAUAGCAGCAAAAAACCAGUGGCUGAAAGAGAGAGAAGUUGUUACAAAGCAACAGGUUGAAACUGAAGUUACAUUAGCCAGAGCCCAAUGGGAAAAAGAAAAAAAAGAGAUCAAAGAACAAGUCAUUGUAGAAAUAGGAAGAGAGUGGAAGCAUAGACUUGAGGAACUUAAGAAAAUUAUAGUUGAACUCAAAGAUUGUGGUAGCCAAACUGACCAAUUAAAUGCUGCAUGUGAAGCAUCCACUGUUCUUGCGAUGUCCCUGUUUGAGAAACAAAAAAUGGAACUUCAGGAGGUGCUUAAAGAGAGAGAGGCUGGAGAAGUCUUGAAAGAACUUGAAACAAAACUGGAGGGGAAACAUUGUGAAACAAUGGCCAGCCAGGUAGAGACAGCUUUAACCCAAGCUCAUGCCAAAUGGCUGCAAGAAUUAACAGAACUUGAAGAGUACAAAGCAAAUUUAAAGGUAGAACGAGAUAAGUGGGAGAAGGAACAUGAAAUCAAAGCAGCAAAACAGCUAUCAUUAGUUCUUUCAGCAGCUGAAGAGAAAUGGAAGAAGGAACUUGAAAAUGCAGAGAAAUCUGGAGCAAGAAUCAAAGAGCUUGAAGAGAAGAUAAUUUCUCUCAGAAGGGAACUGGAGAUCAAGAAAGAUGAGAUCCCGGCAACUGUUAAAGCAGAGGUAGCAAAGGCCCGUGCUCAGUGGAACAAAGGAAAACAAGAAGAAAUCCUCCAAAUACAAGAACAAAAUGAGAGAGACUACCGUUCAUUCUUAGAUGAUCACAGAAAUAAGAUCAAGGAGGUACUUGCAACAGCCAAGGAUGAUCUUGUAAAGCAGAAAAAUGAACUCCUUGCUCAAAAAGAAGCAGAAAUAAAGUCAUGUCUAGACCAAAAGCAACGAGAAUGGACAGCUCAGGAAACCAAACGACUCCAAGAAGAAAUUCACCAACAUAAAGAAAAAAUUCUAGUUGAACUUGAGCACCUAUUAGGAGAAAUCCAUGAAGAACUAGUCAAGAGCACAAAUAAAGAGUGUUCUCAGCAGGAUAACUCUUCCAGUAUCCCCGGGCAGUUAAAUUGCCAAUAUAAAGAGAGGCUGAAGACAUGCCUGGAAAAGGUAUAUAGAGGCACAGUUCACGCACUUCUAGAAAAAGCCAAGCAAGAAUGGAGAGAGAAGCAAGAAGAUUUAGUUAGUAAUUUAAAAAAAAAAGUGUGUUCUUGCAUGAUAAUUGGGGAAGAAGAAACUGGUGACAAGGCAAGACCACCUGUGUAUGAUGUUGGACACCAACUUGAAAUACAUAGAAUAAUGGGAAGUCAGAUGCCUUUGCAGGAGACUGAAAUGGAGAAAGAUCAGAAAAGUAAGAAAAGGAACCUUUCCUGUGAAUGCUGUUGCCAAGACCUUGAAACAAAGGAGCGAGAAUGCCAGGAUCUAAAAAAGAAGCUAGAGAAAACCUGUAGACAUCUCCAGCUUGCAGUAAGGGAGCACAAAGCUAAGGCUGAGCAAAUUCAAGAAAAUGAAAGAGUUUUGGAGGCUUUAAUGGAAGAAAACUCUGAGAUGAAGACUAAACUCAAAGAUCUGAGAACGUGUGACACCCCACCCAGGUCAUUGUCUGAAGGGGCCAUUUCAAGACCUUGUGCAUCUUUUGAUGGUCUGAAAGGACUGGAAGAAAUGCGUGCUCAGUACAUUAAAGCUGUAGGCAAAAUUAAGAGUGACAUGCUUCGCUAUAUCCACGAGAGUAAAGAGAGAGCAGCUGAAAUGAUUAAAGCAGAGGUUUUAAGGGAGCGCCAGGAGACUGCCCGGAAAAUGCGCAAGUACUACUUAAUUUGUCUUCAGCAACUUCUCAGUGAUCAUGGGAAAUAUGAAGGAGCUGAAAAGAAAAUCAUGAACGCUGCUAGCAAGCUUGCAACAAUGGCUAAAGUGCUUGAAACACCUGUUCGGAAUACACCCCAGAGCAAAAAUACCCACUCCGUCCUGCCACUAAAUUCUGAACUGCCAACUGGAGUUGAGCAAUCAAAAAGGAAUUACAUGCAUCAGAGUAGGCCAACCCAUAUGGAAAGCAAAUCAUGUGGCAGAAGUAUUGCCAAAAAAGCUAGUGAUCAAGUUGUUCAGAAACGUGUACCUUAUAACUUGAGACAGCAGCUUGAUGCAGCACAGGCUGAAACACUGUCUCUGCUUCAUGGAGGAAUGACUUUGGAUAUCCAGAAUGGGAGCACUGCUAAACAACUAGCUGAUACUCCAAGAAAUGCCAUGUCAGAAAUUCACCCUUAUGAACAUGAAAGAAGAAACAAAACUGUCUGUGUUUCAAAUACAGACAGAGGCCUGAUAAAUGCCACUAGCAUUACAGCACUUCAGCAGGCACCCACAUGUGUUUCUCAAAUGAAGCUUGGAAACUUACAUAUAUCCAGCAAUAUAAAUGGCCUUUCCGACUCUAGGCCAUCUCCUAUACUGUUUGAAAGGCAGAAUGAAAGACCAGCAUUAAAAGAAGUUAAAUGUUACCAGCCAAAUGGAAAUUGGAAGACUGCAUCUGAGAGGACUCAAGAUUUUGAUGUUCAAGAAGCCCCAGUAAGGGAUGAAGGAGGCUGCACUGACUGGAGUUCAAUUAGUGGAAGCCUAAAUUUGGAUAGUGCAACAGGUGAUACAUGCCUGUUGUAUCCUGUGCAGAAAACAAACUCUAAUACAUUGGUACAACUCAGAUCCUAUGAACAGUCUUCUAUGACCAGUCUGUUUUCUGAUGAAGAUACUGGACCUUUUUGUAAAGAACUUAGUAGUCAUGAAACCAAGAUUCUCGGUGCAAAAAACAGACACUCACUUCACUGUAAAGACCAUCAAGAUGUGAACUCAGGGUGUACUUCAUACCAAAUUUCUGACAAAGCCAGUUCUGCACUUGUACAAGUCAGUGUGACACCAUAUUCAAAUGUAGGAAAAGGCCACAACCAACAUUUAAGAAAAGCAGUGCCAGAUGCUAAAUCAUUUCAGCAAGAUAGUGGCUUUGAUAGUCCAUUUGCUAACUUGGACUAGCGUGUGUAAUUCUUUAUCCUAGAAGAAUAUAUUUAAAUGGAAACUGGUGGUGUGAGGGAAACCUAUUAGAAAUGUGUGGGUUCUGUCCAGUCUGUGUUCUGUUGCAUGACUCGACCUGUUGUAUGAACACACAAAUUGUAUAAAAUUAAUUGAAAUAUUGAUGUAGGUUUUUGUUUGUCAUCUGGCUUUUGUUGUGUACAUUAUUUUUUAUCUAAGUGUGUGAACUUGUUGAAUAGAAUCUAUUUUUAUACCUCAAGAUUGGCUUGCAGUGCAAUGUCACAUUUUUAUUUAUCUAAAAAUAAAACUACUUUCAUUUGUGGUCACUUUUUAAAAAAAAAGUUGGUACAAAAGUUCCUUUCAGAUUUUAGUGCUGUGUUUCGGGACUUGUUUGAUAUCCAAACAUUUCAUCUUGAAAGAUCCCUGUAAGCAGGAUAGCCCUGUAAUUUGUAGAUACAAAUUUAUGCAAAUGUAAUGUGUGCUUAUUUUUAUGUAUAUAUGUAUUAUAACCAGAAUCAAACUCUAAGUAUGUCCUCCUCUUGAAUACAGUGAAAAGUAAUUCAUUUUUGAUGGGGAGGAAAAAGAUCUUAGUUCUUUCUGUACCUAGGGCACAGAACUUUCUUUAAAUAGGCUGCAACCUUUACAACUUUCCUAAAUCGGUUCUCAUUCUAUAGGUUUAGUAAUAUUCCUGUUGACACCCAAUACUUCCUUUUUAAAGGCUUUCUCUCCCCCGCCCC